GAAACACGACACGGUCCAGAGAAAUCAAGAGAAAAACCCCGUCCCCCUCGGCUGCCGAAACAGCCUGCCUCUGACCGCCGCCCGAGCCCGACGCGACGCCAGCUGCCCAGGUCUUCGCCGUCGCCGGCGACGAGCACCCACCCAUCACGCGCUCCACCAGUGGAGAAGACGAGGGGAUUUCAAGAUGCCGAGGGCCACCAGCGAUGCGAAGCUUCUGAUCCAGUCCCUUGGCAAGGCGUAUGCCGCCACACCAACAAAUCUCAAGAUUAUUGACCUCUACGUGGUUUUUGCCGUUGCCACUGCCCUUAUUCAGGUUGCUUACAUGGGAUUGGUUGGGUCGUUUCCCUUCAACUCCUUCCUCUCAGGAGUCCUUUCAUGCAUAGGAACUGCAGUUCUUGCUGUUUGCCUCCGCAUUCAAGUGAACAAAGACAACAAAGAAUUUAAGGAUCUUCCCCCAGAAAGGGCCUUUGCUGACUUCGUCCUGUGCAAUCUGGUGCUCCACCUGGUGAUCAUGAACUUCCUCGGAUAAGCAACUGCUGCACCAUGUGGUUAAGAUUUUGUAGCCCCAGAUUGUGGACGCUGAUCGUUGCGUUUAAAUGUUUGGAACUAUCAUAAUAUUGAAUAUCCAUAGGAUCUGUUGAAUAUUACAUAUGUAACCUGAGUAUUCCUGGAUGAACUAUUAGUCAAAUGGACAAUUUGUUUGGCUUUUGUUGGUCCAGUGCUGAGAAUUUGAUUUAACACAGGCAUUUUCUUAUUUGAAGAUA